GCCAUUUUCGAAACAAGGUGACAGCACAUGACAGCACGCUGAUACUCUUGUUUUGAUUACAUUAAGACAGGAAGAAACCACCAGGCGACAUGUCACUUCCUCCGGAGAAAAUUUCAGAGUUGAAACAAAUAAUUCAUUCCCAGCUUUCACAGAUGGACAUACAGUCUCGGAUUCGAGACAUUUUAUCAGAGACUAUCCAUGAUGAGUACCAAGGUCGAUCUGACCAUGUCAGUGAGCAAGACUUGAUGCAGAAACUGCGACAGAAGGGUGUUGUUGAUGAUAUCCUGCAGCAACUUCAUUUCGAUGGCAACUCAAACAUAGGUCCACCUGCCUCCCACUUCCUGGAUAGAGACAGUCAUGCCACACAACAUACUGCUUCAAGGAGAGCCAACUUGGACCCAAGUCGUCGCUACCUUCACCUUCAUGUAUAUGGUGGCAAGGCCUUUCUUGAACACUUACAGGAUGCUGACCCUCUUCCGGGUCAAAAGGUCAGCGCCUACUUCAGCCUACACGUCUACUUCAGGGGUCAGAGGUUCAAAUCCCGACCGGUUGCCUGUGCCUGUGAGCCACAAUUUGAUGAAAUGUUCCUGCUUGAACUUCACAAAGACACAGCAGGUGAUGCUGGUCGAAUGGCAGAUCCAGCAGGCAUGCUGUCUCUCUCAGACCCGGUCCACAUGGUCCUGGUGAAGACAGACGCAACAGGGGACACAACUCUUGUAUCAUCUCAUUUCUUUGAGUGGCGGCCAGUGUUGACUUCUCCACAGUCAAACAUGAAAAUCUCUGUAGAACUCAAAGGAAUAGGCAGUGAGAACAAGGUGCCAGUGGGUAUCCUUGAAGUCCAGAUGGAGCUGUAUCCUAGGACUCAACAGGUGAUGGAUGAGCGGGUUGUCCGUGCGCAGCUGGACCUCGAGCGAUCUCGACAGGCAGAGAAGGAGAGAUUAUUUCUUGUCUAUGCCAAACAGUGGUGGAAGGAUUUCCUUCAGAUCAGAGAAGCUCACAAGGAUAGACUUGUCAAGAUAUUUGCUCAGGAUGAGAAUUGGACCAACAGGCCUGUGUGCUCCUAUGUGAAGCCCCUGCGUGCUGGUCGACUGCUGGACACACCCAGACAGGCUGCCCGUCUUGUCAGUCUCAUCCACAACGAGAAGGUGCCCACCCUGGGAGGGGGAGAUAAGCCUGAACAGUGGACCAACAUGCAUGCCUUCCUGUGUAGAAACAAAGGGGACUGUGAGGAUCACGCGGUGUUGUUAUGCAGCCUCCUGAUGGGCUUCGGACUUGAUGCCUAUGUGUGUGUGGGCACCAAGGCUAAGGGAUCUGUACAUGCCUGGGUCAUGACCAUUACAACAGAUGGGGUCGUUACCUUCUGGGAGAGUCUCAAUGGCCACAGGUAUAUACAUGAAGCAGUGGACCCUGACGGUCCUCCCAUGUCCAAACAAUCGCGUCCAGCAUACCCCUACAAGACUAUAGGCUGUGUCUUCAACCACCAAAGCUUCUUUGCCAACUCUCAGGUGAUGGACAAUGUGGAGACUUGUCGCUUUGAUCUCACUGACGAGUCCAGGUGGAAGUCAAUGGCAGGUGAUGCUGUCAUGUCUGUAUGUGGGCCUGGGGUGUGUCCCUCCUGGCCAACCCCACCCCCUCUGUGUGCCUCCACCCUAGACCCCACCAUCCUCAGUAACGACUUGGAGCAGCAGCUACGUGUCCUGGUGAUGGAACACAGGAGGGUUUGUUGUGCAGGACUGACUGCAGGCAAUGAAGACUUCCAGGAUGCUGUGAGACACAGUGUGCCAGACGGUCACACAUUCAAAGGCUACCCGAUACAGUUCACGCACCGCAAUGCCCGCAAGAUCUUUGCUACAUGUCUCAAAGCAUCACGAUGCGAGGAGAUCAUCAACUGCCGAGGUGACCAGGUCCGACUGGGGCUGCGGGUCCCGAAUGUUCCCCUAUCCCGAGUCAGCAUGUGCGACGUGGCUGAUGUUUGCAUGUAAAUACAAGUCUGUACUAUAGACAGCCAGCUCAACAACAGGUGCUAUAUUCAGGUCACAGUGUUCUGUAGUCAAGAAGUACAUUCAACAUGGUGGAUUCCAGUGUGCAUGGUUUUUUUAGAUGUCUGUGUUUGCUACUUAAUGAGCUGUAUGUAAGACAUUUAUACACAAGAUAUAUGUCGCGCCGUGCAUAUCAGAUUGCUUAUGCACAACAGGUGCUUAGAAUAACAACAGGAGAAGAGUAACGGAACAUAAUACAUUAUGUCAAUUCACUGAGAACAUGUAAGGUGAUAGGCUGAUGGAUAAUGUGCUUGCUUGCAUUCAUCGAAUAGAUAGGGUGGUUGGGAAGCCUAAUGGAUAGGGUGGUUGGGAAGCCUAAUGGAUAGAAUGGUUGGGAAGCCUAAUGGAUAUAAUGGUUGGGAAGCCUAAUGGAUAUAAUGGUUGGGAAGCCUAAUGGAUAUAAUGGUUGGGAAGCCUAAUGGAUAUAAUGGUUGGGAAGCCUAAUGGAUAGGAUGGUUGGGAAGCCUAAUGGAUAGAAUGGUUGUUAA